AUGGCACAAAAAAGGAUCGCUGUUGUUACCGGUGGAAACAAAGGCCUUGGUUUAGAAAUAUGCAAGCAAUUGGCUAAAGAUGUCAUGGUGGUGUUAACUGCGAGAGAUGAGAAGAGGGGCACCGAUGCCGUUGUCGAAUUGCACUCCUACGGUUUAUCUGAUGUAGUCUUUUAUCAGCUAGAUGUCACAUUUCCGGCUAGUAUUGCUUCCUUGGCUAAUUUUGUUGAUACUCGGUUUGGAAAACUCAAUAUAUUGGUGAACAAUGUUGGAGUGAUUACUAAUAACAUUGACGAGGAAUUCUUUUCGAAUUUUAACCUUCUAACUGAGUAUGUUCAAGAUGAAGGUGCAAAGAAGAUUCUAAGUGAUGUUGAUGGACUCACAGAGGAGGUGGUAGAUGGGCUUAUGAGUGAGUAUUUAAAGGAUGCUAAAGAUCAGGAAUCGAUGGAAAAGAAAGGGUGGUCUAAUAUUGUUUCAAGCUAUGUCAUAUCCAAAGCAGCUCUUAAUGCCUACACCGGGAUAUUAGCUAAGAAAUAUCCGUUUCUAUCUGCGAAUGCAAUUACUCUUGGUUACCUUGCGACAGACUUCACUAGUUCUAAAGGAAUUUUCACGGUUGAAGAAGGUGCUAGAGGGCCUGUGAGACUAGCUUUGAUCCUUGGUGGAGGCCCUUCGGGUCAAUACUUUUUUCAAAUGGAAAAAUCAACAUUUUAA